AAUGCUCGCGCCCGCCUGAACCAGCGGAACCAGUCAGCCAGCUGCAGCUCGGGGACAUUCCUGUCUUGUCUUCUGCAACUUCAGCCCGCAGACAGACACCAGUAGGGACUGACACCGUUGGAGGACGUGAGCUGUGUGUUUUUUUUUUUUUUAAAGGAAUUUUCUCAGCAAGACUUGCGAGGAUGUGGCGCGCCAUUCCUCCAGCUCGACCUCAUUGAAACUUUUCACGAGAAACACAAAGCAGCGUAGAGGAAGGCGCAGGACCCCGCAGCCGGUGUGUCGGUCACCGGAGACGAUGUGAGACUAGAUCCACUUCGGCACGGGAACACCAUGGCUGUGGACGCGGCAUCCAGUUUCAGUUUCUGCCGACCGGCCGUGGAGUAUAGAGCGCUGCCUGAGGACUUCAAGCACCAGCUGAGUCGACGGACGGGUGGGAAUCUAACCUGGCAUGACGGGCGUGGGCAGAAAACAGCAGGAGGCAGGAGAGUGAAGUUGCUGCAGCAGCCUGGGACAGAAGCCCUGCAGUACCGUUCCAGGGACAACUAUGGGAUAUAUCACACAAGCCCGACACAGCCCAGCCUGAUACGCCCCGUCGUGCUCUGGUCGCAACAAGAUGUUUGUAAAUGGCUGAAGAAACAUUGUCCACACAACUACCUUACCUACGUGGAGGCGUUCUCGCACCACGCAAUCACAGGCCGUGCGUUGUUGCGUCUGAACGGAGAGAAGCUGGAGAGGAUGGGACUUGUGCAAGAAACACUUAGGCAAGAGUUGCUCCAACAGGUGCUACAGCUUCAGGUGCAGGAGGAGGGACGCAACCUGCAGCUGCUCAGCAGAGGGGAGGGGUUGUGUGCUCGACCAGUCUCAGCUGGUUGCCUGGCAACUGCUCAACAAUUAUCCAACACAUAACUCCCACAAAAAAAUGUAAGUUGAAGUUUGAACACUUGUGUUAUUGUACAGUUUAAACAGCUGAUGGGUUAAAAACAGAGAGUUGGAAGUGCUAGGUGGAUAGAUUUUAGUUCAUUGAAAUAAGUCAGGCUGGUUGUUUCCCCAGUUUCCAGUCUUUAAACUAAGCUAAGCUUGCUGGCUGCUUGAAGUAGCUACAUAUUAAAUAUACAGGAACAAGAUUAGUAAUAGAAUCAAUCUUCCAAUUUUACUCUCAGCCUGACGGCAGACAGGCAUAUUUACAAAAAAAAUGUUGAACUUCUGCUUGUUGUG